GCCUGUACAAGUAUAUUGUAAAGAAUUGAACUCCAAGGUGCCUGAUCUUCGGAUGCCUCACUGAAGAUGCACCUUUGGUAGACAGCGUCGUGGAAGAAUUUGAUGGGCAGUUCAAGGGGUUGGUCAUGAAGCACCACUUUCUAUUUAGAGCUUCUACCAGAGGGAGCUCUAAGGGCACCACAACAGGAAUCGGUCUUGUUCGGUGUAGUCACACCGAUUCCAGACAACGAGUCAGCGAUUUCUGGAUCCCAACGGUGAACGUACACAAGCAUGAAGGGGCUCCAGACGCAACACAACUCCUCAUCAGGGCUGGCUAUCUGCGGCAGGCCUAUGCGGGCAUUUUUCAGAUGCUUCCGCUGGGUCUCCGUGUCCAAGAGAAGCUAGAGCGCUUAAUCGACAAGCACAUGCGAUCUGUCAGAGCUUCCAAAGUCUCUCUGUCAUCACUGUCUUCGAAAACAUUAUGGCAGCAAUCGGGACGUUGGAAACCUGGCGCAGAAUUCUUCGCCUUCAAAGACAGGAAACAAUCAGAAUGGCUGCUAGCCCCCACACAUGAAGAGGAAAUCACAACAUUGCUAGCAGAUCUUGUGCAAACCCGGCAACACUUACCCAUACGGCUGUACCAGAUCACUCGGAAAUAUCGCGAUGAGAAAAGACCACGUGGUGGCCUCCUUCGAGGCCGUGAGUUCCUCAUGAAAGACCUGUACACCUUUGAUGCGACUCCUCAAGAGGCCCACGCAACUUACGACCAUAUUCGAGGUGCAUACCGCAAAUUCCUAGACGAACUCACAGUCCCCUAUACAGAAGCUAGAGCUGUGUCCGGAGACAUGGGAGGUAAUCUCAGUCACGAAUACCAUUUCCCAAAUAGUGCAGGCGAAGACAUCGUCAUUACCUGCACAAAAUGCAAUUACGCUCGCAAUGAAGAAUUCGUCUCGCAGCCAUUCUAUCCGCCGCACCCAAUCAAGGAGAUACCUUCAAGGACCACGCAGGUCCAACCCUUCCUUCAGGAAGACUUCCUCAGCCUCGACCGACGAAGCCUCAUCCGCGCGAUAGCACCAACCGGUCCCGAGCAAGAUGUCGCCAGCGAACCUCAUGGACACUUUAUCAGCUCCUACGCCGUCAAAGCCGCAUUAAACGGCCAUCUCGAUGUUGACACUGGACUCGAGAAUCCAUUUGGCCAAUUUGACGAGCGUCUCCAUUCCGUGACCCAAACCGACCCCUCCAACAAUCUGUCGAUAUAUUACCUUCUUGAUUCGCGAGUGGACCCGGAAUCAAUCAACAGCUUGGUCGCCAAUGACAUGACCGAGAUGCGUUCGAAAACGGGUCCAACGCCAGAGAUGGAAUUCUAUAUCAUCAGCGCACCGCAAGACACCACAGGCGGCAUCAAUCUUCUCGAACACCAGACGGGCGACCCCUGCCCCGAAUGCCAGACAGGCGAACUCCAGCUCAACAAAGCCAUCGAAGUCGGUCAUACUUUCCACCUCGGCACACGGUACAGCUCGAAACUCGGUCUCACCGUUCGCUCUAAAGACAGCAAGCAACCCGUCCCCGUCGAGAUGGGAUGUCACGGCAUCGGUGUGUCUCGACUCAUCGCCGCUGUCGCGUCGUGUCUGUCCGAUGAAGUCGGUCUCAAUUGGCCUCGUGUCAUUGCCCCAUUUGAGACCAUCGUCAUAGUCCACAAAUCCCAAGAAGGACAAAUGCGUGCGGCGAAGAAGAUCUACGAUCAGCUAGCCAGCUCUUCCACAGCUGGCGCUGUUGAUGUGAUUCUCGACGACCGACAGGAGCAGGGUCUGGGUUGGAAAUUGAAAGAUGCCGAUAUGGUCGGAUACCCUGUUAUCGUCGUGGUGGGGAAAGCCUUCGAGCAAGGCAAACUCGAAGUCCAAUGCCGGCGGCUCAAGGUCAAACAAGAUGUCGACAUCGAUAGUGUGGCAGAAUUUGUGCGGGAUCUGCUCAGUAAGCUGUGAAGGAUGAAUUGUACAUUUAGUGAAUAGAUACCCCUCUCGCAAACUGUAAGAUUAAC